AUGACCAACAAGAGUUUCCCAGUGGGAUUCAUCCUUCUGGGCUUCUCCAAAUGGCCCUUUAUAGAAACCGUUCUCUUCUGGGCUGUGAUCCUGUUGUACACCAUGGUCGUCCUCUCCAACCUGACCAUCAUCCUGCUCUCCUGCGUGGACCCUCGUCUCCACACCCCCAUGUACUUCUUCCUCAGUAAUCUCUCCUUCCUGGAUCUCUGCUUCACCACAACUGCUGUGCCCCAGAUGUUGUCCAACCUGUGGGGGCCAGACAAGAGCAUCACCUACACAGGCUGUGCCAUCCAGCUCUCUGUGUUAAUUUGUCUUGGUGUCACAGAAGGUGUCAUGCUGGUGGUGAUGGCCUUUGACCGCUAUGUUGCUAUCUGCCAGCCCCUGCGCUACACCAUCAUUAUGCAUCCUCAGUUCUGUUGGAAGCUGGUGCUCACAGCCUGGUUAUCAGGCCUGAUAGAAUCUGUGACCCAGUAUAUCAUCACAUUCCAGCUGCCUUUUUGCACCCACCACCGCCUAGAUGACUUUCUUUGUGAGGUUCCUGCCUUCAUACGCCUGGCAUGUGGAGACACCUCUGCAAAUGAGUGGCAGAUGACCAUCUCUGUUGACCUCCUCACCAUGUUGCCAGUGGCACUGAUUCUGACUUCUUAUGUCUAUAUAGCUCAAGCCUUGCGAAAACUCCAGUCCGAUGAGGGAAGGAAGAAGGCCAUCGCCACCAGCUCCUCCCACCUCAUUGUGGUCUUCAUGUUUUAUGGGACGGUCGCCAUUGUUUACACAGACCCCAAGAACCACUUUGCAUCAAAAUAUGGAAAGUUCUUUGCCUUUUUCUACACCUUGCUUACCCCUCUGUUGAACCCCCUCAUCUAUACCCUGAGGAACAAAGAGGUGAUGGAUGCUCUGCAGAGACUGCUAAGAAAGGGGGUCAGCACACCAAAAAAAUAG